UCCAACGUGUUCUCCAUGUUUGAACAGGCCCAGAUCCAGGAGUUCAAGGAGGCCUUCACCAUCAUGGACCAGAACAGAGAUGGUUUCAUUGACAAGAACGACUUGAGGGACACCUUUGCUGCUCUCGGACGAGUGAAUGUGAAAAAUGAAGAAAUCGAUGAGAUGAUCAAGGAAGCUCCAGGCCCAAUUAACUUCACUGUGUUCCUGACCAUGUUUGGGGAGAAACUUAAGGGGGCAGACCCCGAGGAGACCAUUCUCAAUGCAUUCAAAGUGUUCGACCCUGAAGGCAAAGGGGUGCUCAAGGCUGACUAUGUGCAGGAGAUGCUGACCACACAGGCUGAGAGGUUCUCCAAGGAGGAGGUAGACCAGAUGUUCGCCGCCUUCCCCCCUGAUGUGACAGGCAGCCUGGACUACAAGAACCUGGUGCAUAUCAUCACGCAUGGAGAAGAGAAGGAUUGA